GCGGUGAGGAAGGAGAAGAAUUAGGGGUUUGGGGGAUGUUGCGGGGGUUAGAUGGUGGCGACGCCUGGCAAGGAGCCUGGGACAUGGAAAAGACUGAUACCAUUGAUUUUAGGGCUCUGGAGAAGGAGCUGCAGGCUGCACUAGCUGCUGAUGAGAAAUACCGAAGAGAGAAUGCUGCCAAGUUCCGGGCUGUGGAACAGAAGGUGGCUUCCUAUGAAGAGUUCAGGGACAUUGUCCUUGCCUCACACCUGAAGCCUUUGGAACGCAAGGACAAAAUGAAUAUCAAGAAGACAGUGCCUUGGAACUGCCACGUGAUAAGUACCACUGCUCAGACUGGCAUCACUCCGGAGGAGAGCACUGAUAUCUCUCAGAAAGGAGAUUGUCAGCCUGAGACAUCAUCAGAUUUCUACAGGGCAUGGCGCCGCUACCUGCGGAGCGGACCAGAGCGCUACCAGGCCCUGUUACGGCUUGGGGCCCCCAGUCUGGGCCACCUUUUCCGGGCAGAUGUGGGUUUUGGACUUCUGGGUGAACUUCUGGUGACACUGGCAGAGAAUUUUAAACCAGCUGACCGUGCUGCUGUACUGAGGAUCCUUCAUAGCCUAUCCAGAACUGGCCGAUUUGGUCUCAACCUGAGCCUGCUGAGCAAUGCUGAGAGAGAGAGCUGUCAGAAAUUGUUUCAGGACCUCCAAGGUAUGGGUGUUACCAGGCCCACAGAGGAAGAACUGAGAUAUGAGGAGCAAGAGCUAGAGAAACCAAACAGUGGUGAUGAUGGGGAUGAAAAACUGCUCCAGGAGCUAUCAGACCUGUACCAGGUUGGCUAGAGAUGUGAUCAUUCCCAGGACAAACAGCAGACCUAACUAGCUGCUGGAGGUCUGAUUUUCCUAGACAGUCCUUGAUUUUGUUGGUCAUCUUGCUACCUGACCCCCAAACUUUUCCUUUUAUCCUUGUACCUUCAGAACUGUGGCAAAAGGUUGGUUUCAUCCAUCCUAACCUUAAAGGGGUCUGUUUAAACCUGUAUGGCUCCAAACAGCCAAAGGCUCCUAGGGGAACACCAGGGAACAGUGAGAAAUUUGGCUUCUCAUCCUUAAAACCUGUCAAAUGGCAGCCUGGUCCUAAAUGAAGAUCUUCCACUUUAGUGCUUAUCACCAUCCAUGCAAGCAGAGCUUUUAAAUCUGCAAUUAAUUAUGUCCAUUAAUGUCUGCAAGGGAUCCACCCCAUGCCAAUAAAGAUAUUUUUAUUAACA